UUAGCCAGUUACCUUUCGCUGGCAGGUUCAUAGUAUCAACUUCCACUGUCAAUUAUUGCAUGUUGUUUACACGGAAAUACAUUUUCAGCUGUAAAAUCAUAAUGAAUGACCGCGAACUUGACCUUACGGAAGCGCAAAAAACAACCAAAUCAAAAUAUCCUCCAAUCAACAAGAAGUAUGAGUAUCUUGACCACACUGCAGAUGUCCAGAUUCAUUCUUGGGGCGAUUCACUGGAAGAGGCUUUUGAGCAGUGUGCUAUGGGAAUGUUUGGCUACAUGACUGAUACAGAAACAGUUGAACCCAUUGACACUCUAGAAGUAGAAUCAGAAGGUGAGGACAUGGAGUCACUCCUCUUUCAUUUUUUGGAUGAUUGGCUCUUCAAGUUCAGUGCUGACCUAUUCUUUAUUCCCAGGGAGGUGAAGGUUGUGCACAUUGACAGAAUGCAGUUCAGAAUUCGCUCUAUAGGGUGGGGUGAGGAAUUUAAUCUAACUAAACACCCACAGGGCACAGAAGUGAAAGCAAUCACCUACUCUGCCAUGCAGGUACACAACAUAGAGAAACCAGAGAUCUUCGUCAUUAUUGAUAUUUAAGAAAGAAAGAAACACAAAACAACAAAUACUUAGUCUUCUGUUUAUUUGACAUGAUUUUAAAA